CAAAUUCUCACAUCUACAGCUUCAUUUCAUCCCGGCAGCCGAAAAACAAACCUCUCGGAAGUAGUUGCAGAAAGAGAAUCAACAAAAAAUCAUGGGUAAGGUUCACGGAUCGUUGGCUCGUGCCGGAAAGGUGAGAGGUCAGACGCCGAAGGUGGCGAAGCAAGAUAAGAAGAAGAAGCCCAGAGGACGCGCCCACAAGCGCAUGCAAUACAACCGCCGUUUCGUCACCGCCGUUGUUGGCUUUGGAAAGAAGAGAGGACCCAACUCAUCCGAGAAGUAGAUUGGAUGAUGAUUAGUAUAUGUUUCGAGGUGCAAAAAUUUCUGUAGUUUGGGAUAAUUGUUUUUUUAUAAUGCCAUAGUUUUGACUUUGAAUGGUUUAAACCUGUUGCAGCUUUCUUUUGCCCUUUUUCGACUAUGUUGAACAUUUUUUAUUUUGGUUGAAUGACGAUUGAAUGGAUUUUGUUUAUUGAGUAAUGGUAAUUCAUCUUUCUAGUA